UAUUUCCUGCCGGGUUGCACAGUGCCCCAAUGAAGGUGAGCGUGGUGUCGCGUCGUUCUCUGUUUACCUGACCCACCUGAGACACCGGUGUCCGUGUUGUUAACGCACACAUUAACGUCCGCCCUCCGGCCGAGAGAGGACGAAAACCCGACUGCUACAAGGAUGAAGGGGCUCCCAGUGCUGUCCCUGCUCCUUUGGGUGUGUGCGGUGUACUUUGUGGGCAUCUACCUGUUCGUGGGUGGAUUCCUGCUAGUGAGGCUGGAAGUGAACAGGACCAGCACCUGCGGAGACGUGCUGCAGCCCGGAGUGGAGCCGGUGGACUUCUGCCGCUCCCAGCCGCGUUUCCGCAGGGUUGUCCUCCUCAUCAUCGACGCCCUCAAGAUUGACUUCGCCCGGUUUGACCCCGACAACACGGCGCCCCGACCUUACGAGAACAAGCUGCCUGUGAUGGAGGAGACUGUCUCAUUCAGGCCUUCCCACAGCCGCCUGUACCCUUUUCGUGCUGACCCCCCUACGACCACCAUGCAGAGGAUCAAAGGCUUCACCACUGGCUCCUUGCCUACCUUCGUGGAUGUAGGUAAUAACUUUGCAUCCAGCGCCAUCUUGGAGGACAACCUCAUCCACCAGUUUGGACAAGUGGGCAAGCGAGUGGUGUUCAUGGGCGAUGACACGUGGGAGAGUCUUUUCCCUAAGAAGUUCCACCGCUCUCUGCCCUUCCCCUCUUUCAAUGUCAAGGACCUGCACACUGUGGACAACGGGAUCCUCCAGCACCUCUACACAACUAUGGUUGGGGAUGACUGGGACGUCCUAGUCGCUCAUUUCCUUGGAGUGGAUCACUGCGGUCACAGGUUUGGUCCCGACCACCCGGCCAUGGCCGACAAGCUCACCCAGAUGGAUGGAGUCAUCAGGUCUGUCAUUGACCGUCUGCAGAAUGACACCCUCUUGGUGGUGAUGGGAGACCACGGGAUGACGGACACCGGAGAUCAUGGGGGAGAGAGUCAGAAGGAGACCGAUGCUGCUAUCUUCCUCUACAGUCCUACCCCUCUGUUUCCUCAACCGCCGUCACAGAGUGAUCCAGAUGUGGUGCCCCAGACAGACCUGGUGCCCACCCUGGCUCUGCUGCUUGGAGUUCCCAUCCCGUACAGCAGUGUGGGGCAGGUGCUCUUGCCUUUAUUCCCUCCUCACGGGCAGACAGAGGGCGCAGUUAGAGGUCUCAGCCAGCUGGAGGCACUGUGGAUCAACGCAAAACAGGUCAACCGUUUCCUGGAGACGUACUCUGGAAUGGCCAAAGACAUCCCACCACAGAGCCUCUCUCAGCUGAAAGAUGAAUUCUCCCGCCUCUCCUCUGAGUACCUCACCAUGAUUCGAGAGGGUAGGUCACCCUCCCCGCAGCUGGCCGCCUCCCUGCAGGCCUACCUCACCUCCGUCAGAGACACCUGUCGAGCUACCUGGGCUCGCUUCAACCCACUCAAGAUGGUGGCAGGUUUAGCCAUCCUGGCGUUUGCCUGCCUGAUGUGUUUCGUCCUGUCUGAGCUGUCCCUUGUGCUGAUCAGGGAGACAGGUCCCGGACUGAAGGCCCCGGUUAUCGUGGCGCUGACAGCGGGGGUUUGCAUGGCUGCUGGUCAGUUGCUCACACAGGGCUACAUGGAGGUAGCGUGGUGCCUGGCAGCUGCUGCCCUCAGCUCUGAACUUCUCUUUCUCUGGAGGGCUCGUCAAUCCAGAAUCAUUACUGUGGCAAAGAACGGUUCUAAAGCUCUCAAGUGUGCCAGCUGGCUGACUCCAUGCCGCCUCCUCGCCCCCCCCAUUUUGGUGCUGCUCCUCCGCUGUGCCUCCCUGCUCUCAGAUAGCUACGUGAUCGCUGAAGGCCGUGCAGUGACCUUUCUGCUGUUCUCUCUGGCUCUCUGUAUUCCCAUCCAUCUCAACUGGGAUGGCCUGCUCCUCCCUUCAAGCCACGACCCUCUGAAGCCUGCAGGACUCCUGCCCUCCGCAACCCUGUCCCCAUCGACUGUGAGGAAAGAAAGCAGCACCCUGCUAGCCUGCUUAGGACUUCUUGUUGGCGGCCUCUACCUCUCCCUCUCCUUCCACGGCUGUCGGGAAGAACAGGGCUCCUGCCAGCCUUCCCCGUUCCUGUCUCCUCUUUCCCGGUUGCAGGACAGCCAGCUGAAGAACCUCCACUAUGUCCUCUCUGUCUUCUCCCUGGGCUUGUGGACAUAUCUGCUAAGACGCUGCCUCCGCCACUACGGUAACCUCAACUCCUCAGGUGGGACGGUGUUCACGGCCCGCUGGAUCCUCCCACUGCUGUCUGUGUGCCUGGGGCUGCACUGGGCUGUUAGUGCCACCUCAGAGGACAGCUUUAGGAACCUAGCCGAGCUGAUCAGCCUGGCCCAGCUGGCCCUCCCCAGGGCCGCCUUCUGUCUCCUGGGACUUGGGCUGUUCCUGAUCUGGCUAGAUCCUCUUACUGUUUUCAUGAAGCCCAGGUCCGGAGCGUCAUCCCGAAGUUCGUCUCUACCCCCGCCCAGCUACCGAGCGAGCACCGGCAUCAGCCCCCAAGCUGAGCUGCACCACCUCAUCCCCCAGAUCUACCAGCGCAUGCGCCGUUCCCUGGACGACGGAGAGCUGAGCGGGAGUGGUGAGGUGGACAACACGCCCGCUGUGAAGGCCUACGGACUGGGAACUGUGUACUCUGCCCCUUUGCUGCUGUUCUGUGGCCUGCUGGGAAUUGGUCUGCUGCUGCUGCACCCAGAGGGCAUGGCUUUGUCUUUCCUCCUGCUGCUGCUUGAAAUGGGAGCUCUGUUGCACAUUCACGCUUCCUCCACUACCCUCAGUGGCCUGAAUGAUUCAUAUUCUGGUGGCUUUAAUGUGCCCUGGACACCAGUAGUGCUGUGGUCCCUGGCUGCCACCCAGUUCUUCCACGCCACAGGUCACCUUCCUACCUUCCCCUCCAUCCAGUGGGGCGCUGCCUUCGUGGGAUUCCCUGAUGGGCACACAGGCACCAUACUGCCCGCCUCGCUGGUUACCCUCAACACUUUUGCCUCACACAUCUUGUUCGCAGUGGGUUGUCCGUUUCUGCUGUUCUGGCCCCUGGUGUGUGAGGUGCGCGGAAGCAAGGGAGGAAGAGCAUGCGGGGACGAAGGAGAGGACGCUGUGAUGGAGAUGAGACUGAGAGAAAACCCCCAGCAGUUCAGCUCUGCUCUUCUACAGCUCGCCACACGCUACCUCUUUAUCAACGGAGCACAGCUCUUUGCUUCAGUCUGUGCAGCUGCUAUCCUCAGGAGACACCUAAUGGUGUGGAAGGUUUUUGCACCCAAGUUAAUGUUUGAGGCCUCAGGGUUCCUGGUGGGCAGCGCAUCUCUGCUGCUCGGGGUCACAUUAGUGCUGAGAGUAGACGUGGCCGUGGGCCGCUGGUUUAAGAGACUUCUCCCUGAUACAUCCAGGUAGCGACGGCACCGCCGCUGCCACCGCUGCUGCUGCUGCUUUUCCACAGAAGGCCACCAGAGCUCACUGUGCCCCAGAAAAUGGACAGGGUGUUCACUGCAAAGUUCUUAUAUAAAGACAUUGCCAUCGGUGUCUCACACAAGGAUCCCCACAAACAUGUGGAUUAUGUGAGGUUGCCUCUUACUGUAACUCUUUUGGGGGCACUACUGACACUGAGGGCUGCCUCCUUUUCAGCCAGAGGGAUGUCCAAUUUUGAACUCUGAGUAUCUGUUCUUUUUUUAAACCACCUCACUCAGCUGAUGAGGUCAUAUUGCAGUCAGAGAGAGGACAGCAGUUUCUGAAUGUCUCUCCCAAAACCCUUGUUUUCUAAAUUACAGCAUGAAUGAAAUCUUGAUUAUUGUUAUGAAGUACUUCAUAGUGCAGCAGUCAAAAAGCUUCACUAAAUACACAAAAUGAUAAACAGUUUACACUAGCUAUGCCUGUCACAGCUGGCUAGCAACUUCAGCAUUUAUUACUAACUUUUUUUUUCUCACUUCAUAACUGAGGCUGACAUAUGUAUGUGCAACAGAAUGGCUGUUUAAUAUUAUGAGGAAAAAAAAGUCAAAUUUACACUGAAGCCAUUAAGCUGUUUUUCCACAGAGAACUACAAUAAAUGAGCAGAUGACGGUU